AGCAGGAUGUUUGUAGCUGUUUUUGCAUAUGUGUUAUUUUUAUUAGAGUGUGACGCGGAUGACUAUUAUUACACACCAUACAAUGUCACUCGACCUACCCUGUCUGGUAUUGCCGCCUAUCGGUCUUCGCUAACAUUGGACUGGUUAGCUGCAGAGGAUUCCCGUCAAAGAGAGCUGGCAGCUGCCUUUGAGACGGAGUUAGCUCCAGCGAAAGUCUUUAACACGGAUUGUAUCGCUUAUCCCAGACCAGCACCAGGAAAAAUAGGAAAACUAAUGCUGGAACUGCUUAAGAAUUUAGAAGGAGAUGAUGGAAUAUUGAUUCCUGAACUGAUUCAAGUUUUGAUUCGUACGAAAUUAUUAGUGGAUACUUCGAUUCUCGAGUCAGAACCCGAUUUUGAAUCGUUGGUUAAGACACCUGGCGUGAUGAUGGGUGAACCACAUACCACAUUUCCAAGGGUGAUGUCGAUCGUCUGGAUGCUUGUGACCGAUGCUGCUACAACAAGAAAAUUUGGAUGGUGUCCAAUAAAAAAGGUUAAUCAGUAUCUAAUGGUAUCAAAACCAUCAGAAACUGCCAAACAGAUGCGAGCGCUAGAAAUUGUUGUAUCCCGAGCUCGUUUCGUCAUGGAGGAGUUUAUACAGAGCAUUACCCCUGUUAACAUAUACCAAAAGAAAACGACAAGAAAGGCAAAAUCUCUACAAAAAGUACCCGCUACUAUGAAACAUGCGAUGAAGCCACGUGCUCAUGAAAAGGUGCCUCUGCCUUACCAACUUGGUGUUUCGCAGUCAACGUCACAGGAAAUUACUGAUUUUAGUUUCGAUAAUAACGAUCCGAAGCAGGAGACUGUCACCAAUAACAGCCUGUGUAGAACAACUUAUGCAUAG